AUGGCUGUUAAUGCUGCUGUUAUUGCUUCACUUCAUCUUCAACCUCUCUCCUCUUUCUCGUCGUCUUCCUCUCCUCCUCCAAGCUCUAGACCUCUCUAUCUCAAAUUCCAGACCUCACACCGUGAAAAUCUAAGAUACCUCUCUUCUCUCGGGCUCGUGCCGCAGAAUCCCCGACUCGCUCCUCCUUCAAAUGAUCUUUCAGUUAUCCUUUCCGCCGUGAACUUCCUAAAAUCGAGAGGAAUCUCCAACGAAGAUUUCCCUCGCCUCCUCUUCCUAUGCCCCCAGCUCUUCUCUCCGACUUUCGACAUCUCCAAAAUCGAUCCGGUCUUCGAUUUCCUCACCGGCGAGCUCGGAGCUUCCGCGGCGGAAUCGAGAGGAUUGAUCGUGAAUUGCCCCAACAUCCUCCUCUCCGACGUCGAGUACUGCCUGAGACCGACGCUGGUUUACCUCAAGGAGCUAGGACUACGGAACCUGAACAGAGCGAGCAAGACGAACGCGCACGUGCUUAACACGAGGGUGGCGAAGCUGAGACCGAAGAUGAGAUUCCUAAAGAGCAUCGGGUUCGACCACGAGGAAGCAGCUAGAGCCUGUGGGAGAAUCCCGGCGAUAUUCGGAUACAGCGUCGAGGCUAACUUGAGGCCCAAGUUCGAGUUUCUGGUUUACGACAUGGAAAGAGAUAUAGAAGAGCUCAAGAAGUUUCCCCAGUAUUUCGGGUUUAGCUUGGGGAGGAGGAUAAAGCCGAGGCAUUGGCAUUUGAAGAAGAAGAACGUUAGGGUUUCGUUAAGUAGAAUGUUGAUGUGGGGUGAUCAAAGAUUCUACUCCAAAUAUAAUAAACCAUGA